AGGUGAUUCCCUGAAUACUCACAAUGAGCCUGAAGAGACUAUGAGAAAGGAGAAAAAGUCCGAAGCCCUGAAUAUCAGAGGUGUACUUUUGCAUGUGAUGGGAGACGCCCUGGGGUCCGUGGUGGUGGUCAUCACGGCCAUCAUAUUCUAUGUGCUUCCCCUGAAAAGUGAGGACCCAUGUAACUGGCAGUGCUACAUUGACCCCAGCCUGACUAUCAUUAUGGUCAUCAUCAUUUUGUCAUCUGCCUUCCCACUGAUCAAGGAGACUGCUGCCAUUCUGCUGCAGAUGGUCCCCAAAGGAGUCAACAUGGAAGAGCUGAUGAGCAAACUCUCUGCCAUGCCUGGAGUCAGCAGUGUACAUGAAGUGCACAUCUGGGAACUUGUAAGUGGAAAGAUCAUUGCCACCUUGCACAUCAAGUACCAGAAGGACAGGGGAUAUCAGGAUGCCAGCAUCAAAAUUAGAGAAAUCUUCCACAAUGCGGGAAUCCACAGUGUGACCAUCCAGUUUGAGCCUGUGGACUUGAAGGAAACCCUGGAGCAGAAGGACUUACUGUUGCAGUGCAGCUCACCCUGCAUCUCCAAGGACUGUGCCAUGCAGCUGUGCUGUCCCCCCAGGGCACUGCCUCUGGCCCACGUCAAUGGCUGUACUGAGCACAAUGGCAGCCCCCCUCUAGAUGCACACCGAAGUAAUGGCCUCAGUAGAAGAGAUACCACAGAAGUUGCUAUUGAAGUGUCUUUGGACAGCUGUCUGAGUGACCACGGACAAGCUUUUAACAAAACUCAGGAGGACCAAUGUUAUGUAAACAGCACACAUUUUUAAUCUGGUACUGACAUAAUCAGACUGUAUAGACAAGUCUGAUUUGGAAUCACCAGCUUGACUUGUGGAAGGAGCGUUGUGGGUUGUAGUCUCUGACCAAACUCAUGGGGUGCACUCUGUGUAUUCAGCAGGGCUCUUUGGGAUUGUAGUUCAGCAUGUCUGUUAAUUUUUAUGACUGAUGACUCCUUUCCAUUACCCUGGGUGUCUCGAGCAAACUGCACUAGUGAAUAUGUCAGGGACACUGAAGGCUGGGACUCAAUGAUUGUGGACACAGGAUUCUUGCUUUUAAACUGAUUACAACUUCUAGCUGACUCUCAGGUGAGCUUAUAGCCUAAGUACAUCGAAAAAACUAAAGUAUCAUACAUAAUAGCUAUAUUUCCCCCAUUCCCUUUGAAGAUCAUAAAAAAGAAAAGUUAGGUAUUCCUGGCACUGCAGAAAUGUUUUUUUUAAAAUCUUUGAUCCAUUUUUGAAUAAAUGUAAAAUGAAUACCUAUGAAGGUAGAAAAUGUUCUCAGAACAUUAGAGGAGGUAGAGUUGGGAGGAGGUAGAAGAUGGUUUUUGACUGUUUCUUCAUUUUGCAAGGUGAGAUAACAUGUUUACUUCCUGCUGUGAACUGAACUGCAGCUGUAGGGUGUUCCACAUGUUCAAAUAGAGAACACAUUUUAUUUCACUUGGAAGUAUGGUCAAUAGUACUUAUAUACUGCCUUUUAGAGUCAGUCCAGUUGGGGCUGUUUUUGUUUAUUGCUUUGAUAAUGAUUUACUUAUUUGUCCAAAUUCCUUUGAGUUCUCUUUUUUGUGAUCACAUUGAUCUAUGCAGCAUUUACCAGGAAAAAAUGAGUAUUCCUGGGAUAGGAGAAUAUAUGACAUUGAGUGUUCAUUCCUGCAAAAUAAAUAAGCUAGAUUGCCCUUUCUUUAAUUAGACAUAUUUUAUUUUAUUUAUUUUUAAAAUUUUACUUCUCAAAAUACAUUGUAGUUGAUUUAAUUAGACAUAUUUUAAAGUAUUUAUUCUAGCUGCCAAUCAGUAACAUGAUGGAAAAGUUGAUGUCCAAGGGAAAAAUGAGAAUUAAUUUAACUCCUGUCUUUAAUGUGUUUUGAGGAGCUUAGAAUUUUAUGUCUCUGACCCAUAUUACCAAGUUCAAAUAAAUUUGUUGUAAUCUGAUUCAGACCCAUAACCAAACUAGGUUAAUAGUGCAGAAGCCUCUGUCAUGUAUUUAACACAUUGUUUAGGUGCCAAUAUUGAAAUCAAAAGUUUCAUAGGUAUGAGAAAAUGGGAGGUACCUCACUAGAGGACUAAUAUCUUGUUCAAUAGGUUGCAAGAUUGACUGUGAAAAUGAUCAACUCUUAGGCUGUAAGCUUUGAGUCCUGUUUAGAAUCUGUACAGAGUUUAUCAGAAAUGCUCAGCUGAUAACAGAAACAGUAUCCACAUUUUUCAGCACAAACAUUGUUUAAAAAAAUUAUCUUGGUCCUAAAUUGGAAGGCUGAAGUAAAUAAACACCUAUGAUCAGUA